AUGCCGCUGGCAUUCCCAGCCUUCCGGUGGGGUGUGGAGCCGCUUCCCGGCCGGGCGCUGGCGGGGGGCCAGGCCUGUGCCCACCGCUACACCAAGGUGCUGUGGUCGGGCAGCGAGGACCAGCGGCGCAUGGUGGGCCGGUGCUACGUGCGGGGCAACGACCUGCGGCUGGACCUGAGCGACGAGUGGCAGACGUACCACCACGAGAUGUGCAACGCCAACACCGACAGCGACGAGACCGGCAUGUGCCAGAUGGGCACCAGCGCCGGCUUCACCGCCAACAUCAUCUACUUCGGCGCGCCCGGCGCCUACAACUGGCAGGGCACUGACUACAUGUUGCAGCGGGAGAUGUGGGACCUGCACGACUUCUCCUUCCCCAACCAGAAGAACGGCAACACCUACAUAGCCCUGGAGUACACGCUGGAGGCGGACAAGGACCGGCACCCGCCCAGGGUGAGGUUUGCGGGGUCCCCGUCUGCCACCUACACCGGCAGCUUCACCAUGCCCGACACCCGCUGCCAGGCCCAGGAGCUCCUGCUGCUGGACAACAUCCGGGACAAGCUGCACCCCAUUGUGCUCUCCAUGAACUACUCGCUGCAGGAGAAGCCCAGAACAUUCCAGCUGGGCCCCCACUCCCUCGACUCCUUCCCUGUCCUCAACCAGGACCAGUCCCACGAGAAUGAGACCAAGAUCGAGUUCCAGAAGGAAUGUGGCUCUGACAACGAGUGCUACAGCAACCUCCAGCUCCAGAGCAGCUUCGUCACCGACCAGAACCAGCCCCUGCCCAGAGCCUCCUCCCAUGUCCAGUCCUACUUCAGUGGGGUGGUGGUGGGUGAGUCAGCCAUGAAGCAGGAGCAGGACGUGGGCAGCCCCCUCACCUUCGACUUCCAGGUGACCACCAAGGGUGAGUCCCUGGGCUCCUUGGGCACCAUCCUGCUGGGGUUUGAGUGGCCCUACGAGAUCCCCAACGGUAAAUGGCUCCUCUACCCCACCGAGAUCCUGGUCAAUGGCAACGAGAGCUGCCAGCCCCCCGGGGGGGUCAUCAACCCCCUCAACCUCACCCUCCUGCAGGACCAGGCUCCCUCCCGGCAGAGACGGGAGCUGGAGCCCCCCGAGCCGGCAGAGCCCCCCAUCACCUUGGCCACCGCCAAGAAAGCCAAGUCAGAGACGGUGCUGAGCUGCUCCGAGGGCACCGCACGCUGUGUGUGGUUCGAGUGCCCCCUGCUCCACACCCAGCACCCCAACACCUUCACCCUGCGGGCCCGAGUCUGGAACAGCACCUUCAUCGAGGAGUUCCGGGACUUUGACCGGGUGAAGGUGACGGGCACCGCGACGCUGUUCCUGCGCUCCCACGUCCCCACCAUCACCAUGAGGAACCACACCGUGCGGGUGAGCGGCACC